AUGACUCGAAACAACAUUUCCAGCUUGGGAUUUGACGUACCAGGAUCCGAUGGUUUUCCGAGCGUGCCAAAAAAUACCUGCAACAGUUGCGUGUGCGGCGUCAGCCGGCAGUCAAGAAUAGUCAACGGGGACGUGACCAACACCAUCGAGUUUCCCUGGGCCGUGGCGAUCACUUACCAAGGCGCCCAUCACUGCGGGGCCAGCCUCAUAACGCGCAAACACCUGCUCACAGCGGCUCACUGCAUCGUUAGGUUCCAGAAGAAGUACUUUGGCCUUCGUUUUGCGGACAACGGGCAUUACCGCAUAAAGUACCUCUCGGUGCAUCCGGACUACGACAGGUCCAGCUACAACAACGACAUCGCUAUUAUCGAACUCGAGAAGCCGGUACCCCUGGACGGAGUCCUAAAGACCGUAUGUUUACCCGAUGCCGCGAGGUUCAAGUACAUCGGGGCGACAGGCGUGGCUAUAGGCUGGGGCCGAAUCGGCGAGGGCGAGCCGGUCAGCGUUGAGCUGCGCAAAGUCGAUCUGCCGGUCAUGUCCGUGGACGAGUGCAAGCUGUCCGACUACGCGGUCAAUCGGCUUACGGACAACAUGUUCUGUGCCGGGUAUCUCGACGGUAAACGCGACGCUUGCGGGGGCUCAUCCUUUUUUUUUUUUUUUUUUUUUUUUUUUUUUUUUUUUUUCCAGGGUGACAGCGGAGGUGCCUUCCACGUCCGCAGCGCCAGAGGUGCCAUGGAGGUCAUCGGUCUCGUGUCGUUCGGCCGCGGCUGCGCCAGGCCCAAGUUUCCCGGUGUCUACACCAAGGUUCCGAACUACCUGGACUGGAUAGCCGCUCACACCAAAGACGAGUGCAUAUGCGCCCCGCCGAGCUGA